AUGGCCGCUGCAGGUGGACUCUCACCUAAGGGGAAGCGCUCACCAAGCUCAUUAUUCGGCAUCAUUGGCAGCAGAAACAUCAAUGGACGCUCCAGCUGGGUCUGCUUGGUGGUUCAGGAGGCAGCUACGGGAGGAGCGCCUUCCACUGGCGAUGCAGACGGUCUGCUACUAUUAACGCUUCUUUGCUCGAGGCAAGCAUUUCAAUAUAUUGAGGUGCUAUCAGCGGAGUUUAUUCACGACGAUAUCAAGGCCCAAAACAGCGGCUUGUUGCAGAUACGUCUCCCGCACGUGGCGAUCUUAGACAUUGAUGGCAUCCGUGACAUACGCUCGUUGCCUUCUCUUGAGACACGUCACGGUAAAGGUGGUACUAUCGGGUUCCUAGCGCCUGAGAGGGAAGGGCCGGUAGGAAUUAAGUUCAGCACUCCUGUCGAUGUCUAG